AUGACUUCCUAUCAUGAGUUAACGGCCGAGGAGGAGAGCAGCCUUCUGCUCACUGACUCCUGCCGAGCAGAGGAGGUCAGAAACCUGAACCUGCUGCACGCUGUGGACACUCAUCCUGAACUCUGUAGCCCUCAGGAGGAGGACAUACUUAAAGUGGACGCUGCCUGUGGAUUUUAUUCUAAGUAUGUGACUCUGUGCAGUCCUCCUCUUCCUCCUCCUCCUCCUCCUCCAUCGCAGUGUGAGCCUCUCGGGGGCUUCUGCACUCCGGCCUCGUCCCGCGUCCCCUGGCGGCGCAGGGCGCGCGGCUCUCCGACACGCGGAGACUCAAACAACAACACGAAGGAGUCCCAACAUUUCUGUUUGAAGCCACAUGAGGAAACCCACAACUCUCUGAACAAUGACUCCAAGAGUCACCUUCCUGUAAACUCGGACUGUGAGGGAGAUGAUGGGAGGAAGAAAACUUUCGAGUGGAUGAAAGUGAAAAGGAGUCAUCAUCUUGCGG